AUGAGGAUCUCCCUGCCAUGCCUCGUCCUUGUUGGAUUGGCGUCGAGUGGCAAGAGUCAAAUGAUCGACAUUACGUUUCGUGUCGGGCUCUUGCACGCCCCACCGUUUACGUUCAUUGCCGAGGAAGAAGAUCGCGAAGGUACCAACGCUGAUUUUUCAGGUUUCACGCCGGACUUGCUCAACAGUUUGGUCGAAUUUGCCAAGGCGGACAAUUUCAACCUGAACCUCGUCAUGAGUCCAUCCCCACCGGAAUACAAUCCUGCAUUUGACUUGGUGGCCAGCGACUGUGAGGAAGUUUCCAUGGACCCACCGAUUCCUCUUCCCCCAGAAGAAUGCGAGAAUUUUGACAUCAUGGCACCCAACUAUUAUGCCACCGCCGCACGAUCUUUGCGGGCUGGACUGACUCCCCCCAUUCAACGAUCCUCCAUCUCGACCAUCAAGCUCAAGUCGAGCAACAUCAACUCGUUGGCGCAAGCGGAAGCGGAAGGUGGCGUGGUUUGCCUCGUGGAGGGGACGUUUUACGCGGGACUGGUCCAGGAUACGUACCCGGCCGCGGAAUACGUGUUUUGUCCCACCGCGGGCGAUUGCAAGCAAAAUUUGCAGGAUGGAGUCUGCGUCUUGGAUGCGGACGAUGAGCUCAUGCUGCGAUACGCAGCGGCUCAGGAUUCAUCCUUGGAGGUAACAGAUGACUCGUUCAGUACACAGUACAUUGUCUAUGCGUACAAGGAUAGCUUACCCGCAGACGAUGCCAGAUGGUUUGAAAAGUGGAUGUGGGAUGCCAAUACCAACACCACCAAUGAUCAGUUGUUCCAAAAGUACUUUUCCGGCACAUCAGCUGAAGAUGGAAUUGACGCGGGUUGCCCCACAUGCUCUUGUGAUGAUCCUCUCUAUGAAUUUGCCAGCGGCGAUGAAGAGCCCAACAAGAACUCUCGAAAGGGAGUACCUGGAUCAAGGAGGACUCGAGGAUUGAAAGGGUAA